CCACAUGUGACGCAGGAGUCAGGAGGAAAGAUCAUGGGGUUUAACUUGGCUGAGUUUUCUGAUUUAAGUACAGGAUAUAUACUCUGCAGGCUACAUGAGCUUCUCCUCUCCUUCUAACCCUCAUCUGCACCACUGCUCUGAUACUUCUUGAUUGCAUCUAUCGAAUAAAAUGAAUGCCCUGGGUGUCACUGUGGUCCUGGGGCUACUGUUAGGGGUUUGGGCUCAGACCAACAUAGAGCGACCUCAGUGCGACUCCCCUGAGGCAGAGGAGGCUGCUCUGGCGGCUCAGGAUUACCUCAACGCCCAGCACACUCAUGGCUACAAGUAUGCACUGAACAGAAUCGAGGACAUCAAGGUUUACACUAAGCCUGAUGGAGACAACACAUAUAAGUUGGAGAUAGAACUGCUGGAGACAGACUGUCAUGUCCUGGAUCCCACACCUCUUGCGAACUGCACCGUGAGGCCUAAAAGAAUGACGGCAGUAGAAGGAGACUGUGAUGUGCUGCUGAAGAGGGUUGGCGGAGUGAUGACCGUCACAGCAUUCAAGUGUAAAACAGAAGAAUCUACGGAGGACUUGUGCUUGGGCUGUGCUACCCUCCUUCCCCUAAACGACACUACUGCACUGGACUUUGUCCACGCCUCUCUGGCAACCUUCAACAACAUGACUGAAAAAGUCACGUACGCUGUUAUGGAGGUUGGAAGGAUGUCAUCAAAGGUUGUGUCUGGGGGGCUAAUCUAUUUGGCAGAAUAUGUUGUAGUUGAAGCUAACUGCACUGAUGACCCCUGCGUUCCCCUGAAUGACGCCAUGGCUGCACGUGGUUUUUGUACCGCCAGAGGUUCUAGCAUUGAUCACUUAGUGGACUGCAAGAUGUUUUUAACUAUGAUGCCUAUUAUAGAUGCCAACAGCACUGUGGCAGAUACCAACAGCACUGCAGCUGCAGAUACCAACAGCACUGCAGCUGCAGAUACCAACAGCACUGUGGCAGAUACCAACAGCACUGUGGCAGAUACCAACAGCACUGCAGCUGCAGAUACCAACAGUACUGCAGCUGCAUCUCCUGCCAUGCCACAGAUGGUCCACAUACACACAGGCAGCCUGUCACCCAAGCUUGGUCUGAGGUACCACAAACUGACUACUCUCCAUGACCCUGAGCCAAGUGGCUUCCUGUCCUCAGAAUCUACAGAGUCAGCCGAAGUUGUACCUGUAGCCCCGGCAGUGGUUGCUGCUGCUGCUGAUCCCGCUGCCGAUGCUGCUCCAGCUGCUGACGCUGGAUCGGACUCAGAUUCCUCAAACAGUGCUGAGGUCCUUGUUAUUGUGAAAAUAGAUGUACCUGUCGCAGCUGCCCCAGUGGUUGACCCCAUUGUUGUUGUGCCAGUGUGCCCAGGAAGGAAAAUAUUCUUUUAAGAGUUAAGGUCCUACAGAAUCUAUACUUGCUUCUUUCAGCUACACUGGCACUAAACUAAUGUGGUUGGUAGAUGUAACACCAAUACAACAAAGAAUAAUCCAUUAUAGAGUGAAACUAAUUAAUUGCAAAAUGUGCCUAAAAUCAAAUCUAUACAUACUUGUAUUGGAUGCUGAAUAAAAUUUCCUAAGUCAAAGCUUUGUGUUCUAUUUGGUCACCAGUCAUCCUUUAAAUGUACCGAAACAUUUCUGCUGCACUACAUUUCCUAGAAGCAUUAAAUAGUAUACCCAAGGCCAUUGACAGGUUCGAUGAGGACACACUGAUAUCCGUCAUGCCACAUAUUUAAAGGUGAUUGUGAAACAAAUGGCUUUGCCAAGUGUGUUGACUAAUGCCAAUGACAUCCCUGUGAACCCAUUGACAUUUCCCAAUAAACAACAUUUUGAAAUUG